UAGCUUCCUGUUAUGAUAAGACUUCCUGGUCUAUGUCUCACACUCUCUACCCCACUCUUUAACCUCAGUUGACAGUAUACUCUUUCUGUCUUUGCAAAUGCCUCAGUGGAUUCAGCCUGAUUGAUCGUAAUAAGUUUGGGGAGCUCAAACAUGGCUGGAAGUGCACUGGGAACAGUCUUCUCUCUCCUGUUUCUUGCCUCUAUUAUACAAGGGCUCCGGGAUGUUGAGGUGUUCCAUAAUGAAAAGAUGGAGGCAGUAGUGGGCCAGAAUGUUACCUUACCUUGUACUGUAAAAGACAGUACUAAUCUCAACAUCGUCAAUAUUGAAUGGAGGAAGAACAAAAAUGAAGCCACAAAGCUGGUUCUGUACAACGAAAAGUUCGGAUUCCAUCAAUUUUGGCCUAAUGUCACCAUGCAGAUUGAUAACAAGUCGAUGGGCUCCCAUCUUCACCUUUUCCAGGUGACAAAAUGGGACGGCGGUUUCUAUAUUUGUGACAUCACAAGUUUUCCCCUGGGCUCCAUCAGGAGAGAAAUCGAGCUAGAGAUCAAAGAUGAUGUUAAAAUAAUGUGUGAUAUGGAUCGCAUUGUUGAGGUCUAUACUGGAGAAAAUGUGACCAUUCAAUGCAGAACAUUCCCUGAUGCACAGUACAAGUGGACCAAGAACAAGAUACCGGUGUCAGAGAAUGAAUCUCUGGAGCUCUGGUGUGUGACUGCGGCUCACACAGGGGUUUAUACGCUGACUGUCAACACAGGAAACAAAAGUCUGCAUCAAGACUUUUUCAUCACAGUGCUAACAGCAACCACAAGCUUAAGGACAGAACAAACUCACUCAGCAGUCUCAACGGGCUCUCUGAAUCGUAACAUGGAUCUUGUGACAAUGCCACGACAGUCUAAUGUAACUGCGGAGGGUUUGAUUGAAUCAGCAGACAGCAACUUUACCACAACACCAACCACUGGGCUGUCAACCAUUGACAGCAAUGCAACUUGGACCACAGUUGUGAGCGAUAAUAAUCCAAACUCCAGAAAUGUCACGGAUGGAGAGCAUAUGACCUCUUUAACAAAUUCUACACAUAUCGGUGGCACGUCAUACCCCGCCACACACACUGAUCCCUAUGACUUCAACAACUCCACGGAACAGGAGAUAAACCCGACUCACAAUUUAAACACAUCCAAUUUUUUUGAAGGAUCGGUGGCCAGCAAUCUAAACACAACAUUAAGUUACGAUAAUAAAGUGUUUAGAUCAACAGAGGAUGCGAAGAAUGAGUCCAUGGGAGGCAAUCCUGGUGCCACCCCAUCUCUGAGCACUGUACAUACAAUGACGCCCAUUAAGAAUGAAGAUACUGCUGGUGUACAGAGUCAUCUGUUGCUGCCGUUUAUCAUCGUUCCAAUCCUGGUAUUGAUUACUGUGGCUGGCUUUCUCUACAGAAGAAAACUUAUAAAGGAGAGGAUGGAUUUACCGCCUCCAUUCAAACCCCCUCCUCCUCCAGUAAGGUAUACAGCUGCAAGACACCAUGAUAUUUCAACACAGCCCAUCCCCACUUCAAGAUGUAACUCGGGGACAAAACAAAUUAACAUGUAUAUAUAUUAAUAUAUAAUGCCUGAUUUUUUUAUUUUUUUUUAUUUGACAAUAAAAGCUGGUGUAUUUUGUCUCUAAAUUGGCUUUGAGCUAUUGCACUACAGGUGUUAAUUACAUUCUUGCAAUAUUAUAUAUUCAGUGUGACUUUUUAGUAAAGUGCCCGCUAUUGUACCUUACACUGCAGUAAAUAAGCAUUGCAAUGCAUAGAAACAUGUUGGAGCUGUAUGGCAGAUUGACUUCCUUAAAGGUAAUUCUGGCUUCGUCUGUUAAGCAUGUGAUUUAGAAUUUCUUGCACAGAAGCCCAAUGUCUUUCUCUUGUGUAGCCGUGCUGCAGAUUGACUGACGACUCUAUAUCAAAGACCACUGUUGUCCACACAAACCACAGGCUAGCAAUUGAGAUUGGGGCAUACCACAGACCACAUGGGACAAAUACCUGACAAAUACAAUAACCACUGGAUACCAUCAAAAACACAGAGGGAGUAGGUGUUGGACAUGUUAACUAUAUUGUUUUAUUAUUGUUCAGUAUGUACCGUUUUAUAAAUAUUGUUUCUAUUUCGUUUGUAGACCAAAUAAAGUGGACCCUGUUGAAUU